AUGGCUUCCAACUCGGUUUCGGCCAACACGCGGGCCACGCGAUCGCGCUUUUCGAGCCCGCAGGUAGCGCCCAACGGUGCGGCCGGCUCGUCGUCGUCUUCGACUUCGGCUUCAAGGGCACAAGGCAUGGGGAACGGCAGCGGCAGCGGCGCGAACGGCACCGAGGGACAAAAAGCAUUCAUGCAGCGCUGGCUCGAGCCGCCCGUGCAGGUCAAAGCCAGCUACCAGGACGACGGCCUGCUGCGCGGCGGCGUGUUUGGGAACAUGGCUCCGCUCGGAACGCUGCCAAAGGUCGGCCUGUUUAAGAAAACGGUAACACCUACGCCUGCUGCCCCUGAGCGCACGCCUGUGCCUGUACGCAGGAUCGUCGUCAAGAAAAAGCCCGCCGCGGCAGUCCCGGCGCCUGCGCCCCCGCCUGUUUCGCCCGAGGAAGACGAGACCGAGGCAGACGAAACGCAGGAAGAGGAUAAUGGACUUGCUGAUGAGGGCGAAGGCGGGCACGAGGCCGAGGAAGAAGAGGCCGAGGAGGAGCUGGCCGCGUACAGCAAGGAUCGCAAAAUCCGCACGGCGGCUGCAUCACGCCGGCCGCGCCGUUCGGUCGCCUCGGGCGCCUCGGACGACGAUGAGUGGGAGCCCAGGACGCCGUCUCAAAAGGGCAAGGGACGCAGGAGUUUAUCACGGGCGAGCACCACCGGCCCGCUGCAGAAGCGCCCAGGGAGUGCAGGUGCUGGCUCGCAGGUCGACCGGAAAGCUUUCCUCGACAAGGUGGUGGAGGCAGCCGUGGACGAGGCGCUCUCGCAUUUUCGGUACCCCACAGCCUGGGCCCUGCGCACGCUCUACGACGAAAAUUCAUCCAACCAGGAAUUUCUCGACAUGAUCGAGAAGGUGUUGCUGCAGACUGCAAACGCCGACACGCUCGAGCGAUUUGGCCUUCUCAUCCAGGCCAAGAAGAGGGAAGGCAAGAAGGACAACAAAGCCUGCUACUACUUCGUGCCGCCCUCGACCAACAGCCGCUUCACGCCGCGCCAGCCGAAGCGUGCACCCUAUGGCAACCUCCCUGAGCCUGCACCAGAGAAGGACGUUGAGCCGGAGCCCGAGCCGGAGCCUGAGCUGCCCCCGCGCAAAAAGCGCAGGUCGGGUCGGCAGCAGUCGGAGGCGACAUCGUCCGCAUCCAAGAUGGCGAGCAGCGGAGGCAAGGGCAAGGCAAAGACGGAAACGCCUUCGCGGAGGAGCACGCGGGCGCAUUCGGUUUCUAGCACUUCCUCGCUCUCCAGCGCGCUGUCGCUGUCGCCGCCCGACGGGACCCAGGACGAGGACGGGGAGAGGCCUGAAGGGUUUGAUGAGGCCCCCUCGCGCACCAGCCCUGCGCCGCCGCAGCCAAUCACAGCAGCCAAGCGGCGUCGGUCCAACGCACCGCGCAAGAGCCGGAACGUGUCACCCUCCCGGCCCUCGUCGGCUGCUUCCAACAACACUGCUACUCCUGCUCCUGCUGCUGUUUCCGCGCAGCGGCAAUCCCCUGCUGCCGAGGAGCCCGCGGCGCACGACGAGGAGCAACCGUAUGAGAUGCCUGCCGUCGUCGACUCGCCCCUGUUCCCGAACAGCAAUAAUCUCAAUUCCAAGAAGGGCGCCCGGUCCGGCGCGCCGCCCCUGGUCUUCGCCACCAAGGUGGGCAAGAUUGACCCGAACGAUCCGAAGCAGCGUCUCCGCCAGAGCGCGCGAAAGAUCACCAGCAAGCCGCUUCCCGAUAGCAACGUGAGAGAGAGCUCUCCGCGGGCGGCCGCGACCCGGCCGAGACGAGGUGAGGAGCCGGCCACGCCGGCUGCGCCGGCGGCGGCGUCCUCGCGGCCGCGCACUUCUCUCCCUUCGUCCCGCCCGACGCCGGCUCCCAGGGAGGGACGGAGCACCCGCUCGUCGCUCAAGCGCGCCCACGAUGAUCUCGAGGACCAGCCCUCCCCGACGGCCGCCAACCUGUUCCCCGGAUCUGAGGUUGCGUCGACGGCUGCGGACUCGCGCGCGGGCACGCCAGCGCUGCGGCCGGCGAAAAAGCCCAGGACCGGACUCCGAGUUAAGAACUCGCCGAUGAAGAAAAAGAACGGCCCUUCAGCGGGCAUUCCUCGUCCCAGCGGCGAGCGCAGCAGUCCUGUCGGCAACGGCAAUGCUGCCCGCGAGGAUGACAACGACGACUACUGCUCGUCAUGCGGCGGCAACGGCGAGCUGAUCUGCUGCGACGGCUGCACGCGGUCCUUCCACGUGCGCUGCGCCGACCCGAUUCUGCUGCAGGACGCCAUGCCUGUCGAGUGGUUCUGCAACGUGUGUCGCGCGAACCGUGACCCGGCCGGCGUGCCCAGCCACGGCGGUCCCUUCGCCUUGGUGCUUGAGAAGCUCGAAGCUAAGAACUCGAGCGCGUUCCGCCUGCCGGCCUCCGUGCGCGAGCGCUUCGAGGGCGUGCGCACCGGUACCGAGGGCGAGUACGAGGAGGUCGUGGCGCCCGUCAAGCCUACUCGCAAGAAGAAGAGCGAUGAGGACCAGGUCCCCGAUUUCUUCCGGCUUCGCGAUGCAGACGGUAACGCGGCUAUCUGCCACGUCUGCCAGAAGAGCAGCUCCUCGAAUCGUGCCAUCAUCCCCUGCAGCGUUUGCGGCAUCUACUGGCACCUGGACUGCCUGGAUCCCCCAUUGGCGCUGCCCCCUGCUCUUCGCACUUGGAGGUGCCCGCUGCAUACCGACGACUUCCUAGACAGUCUCGUGAGUCUGGGCCCAGCCCACAAGCACCGCAAGGUGAAGGACGCGCCCGUCAUCAGGCCCGCCUUCACCCGGGGCUAUGUCAACAACGGCUACGUCCAAAUCGACCUCGACGACAGCGAGGACGAGUCCGGUUGGCGGGACGUGGAAACCUUUGGCCGGACCGUGCGGCUGUCCGAGAAGGGCAUCAUGCUUGAUUUUCUCUCUCGGACUCGCAAGAGUGUCGACAGGCAAACGAACGCUGCGCAGGACGACAGGCCCGCUCCCUCGCCGGUUCCUACGACGGUUCCUACUACGACGGCUCCUACGCCGGCUCCGAUGGCACAGAGGUCCCUGAAGGAGCAGCAGGCUGCCCUCAACUUGGCCCAGCUCAGCGGUAGCCAGGACGACGGGAUAUCCGUCCUCAUCGAUGCCAUGAUUUCUCAAGCCGACCCGUCCGUCAUCGACAUGAUGGCCCGGGCCAGUGCCACCAACCUGGAGAGUGGCCAGCUCGAGCAGAUGGAUCAGCAGGGUUUGAUUGCCAUGCUGGCCCACGCGGAGUCCAUCACCGCGCGGAUCCGCCAGCUCUUGGGCGCCGCCGCCCCUGCACAGAAACAAUCCACGCCGGCCGACGCGCCAGCAGAGGCCGCCGAGGUCUCCGCCCCGGUCCCCAGCCUCACCAACUCGCAGUCGCCGGAACCCGACACGGACAUCUCGGCAACCGCGGACGUCGAGACGAGCGCCGUCGACGCGGACGCGGCAAAGAGCCCCGCCUCGCCCGCGACGACCGACGACGUGCCCCCCAUGACGCAGGGCGAGAAGACGCCCGUGCAGGGCGACCAGUCGCCUGCCGCGCCGCUGCCGCUUCCGCUGGAGGAGGACGGCCCGAUCGAGAGCGCCGGCGUCCCCGCCACGCCGACCAAGGCUGCCGCGAUCACCAGAGACGAGCCGGUCGUGCUCGAGGCCGGCGGCGAGGGGGAGAAGGCGCUUGGCGAGGGCCCGGACGACGCACCGAUCGAGAUCUAGUGGGGCGGGGGGCCGUCUUAUGGAAGGGGAAACUGUUAACACCCGACAAGAGGGUCGCGCCGCUGGAAGUAUCGCGGCGUAUGCUCGACUAUUGAACCUUGCGGCCCUUCACCAACUGGUCUACUACUCUUCAUUUGACGCUGUCCUCAACAAAGGCGUCAUCAUCUUCACGGCGGGACCUCCCUUCUCCCCUUUCUCUAUUACACGGCGCCGCGAGGCUUGGCAGCGCAUAAGGGAACAACAAGGCUGCUCCGCUGCACAUCCGCGGAUGAUUACAGCAACCAGACCGCACCAAGAAAGGACAUCAACUUUCACCGCCUUCGUCGCCUUAGGUGACCCGGCCUCUGACCUUGAAACCUUUCAUCAUUUUCGGUCUGAUAUUGCCGCGGUCUGUUCUACUGUCGCGGUCUGAUAUUGCCGCGGUCUGACCUUCUCGCGGUCUGAUAUUACCGCGGUCUGUUCUACUGUCGCGGUCUGGUGGUGCCGCGAUCCCUUCUACCUCCGCGGUCUGAUCGUACCGCGAUCUCUUCUACUGUCGCGGUCUGACCUUCUCGCGGUCUGACCUUCUCGCGGUCUGAUAUUGCCGCGAUCCUUCUACUGUCGCGGUCCCAAGGCCUCCGCGAUCUGAUCUUUCCCAAGCCCAACCGGACCAGACCUAUUAUCCUUGGCGAUGCGACAUGUCUCGGCCCAGAUUCCGCGCCACCGUGAUGCUGGGUUCCCUCUCGGUUCGCCUGCCACCAUGAGCAGGCCUGUCGCUCCGCAGUCUGACCUCUACCGACCUUCGCCCCGGGUCAUGCCAGAUUAGGUCAGAUCUCUUCUUCUUGGCGGUGAACAACGGCGCGGUUCCUUUCCUAGCCCUCG